ACAGAAAGAUGGCGGCGUCCAAGAAGGCAGGAGUAGUAUUGAAGACGGUUAAGCAAAUCAUUGUACAGUUUUGUCCUUUUGAUAAUAAUGCUCGCUCCGCACGAGAGUUUCUGUCCAUUGUCUGGUCUGAUAGAGCCAGAUCCACAAAUAUGAACUGUGAGGUUAUCACACAAGUGAAGCACGACCGAUCGGAGCCCACCAUUGAUGUCAUGUUUGUGGAUGGAGAAAGGCUGCUGAUGAAGGGAUCAAAUCUAACAAUUAAAGAAAUCCUCUCUGCCUUACAGAGCCACUGCAGUGCCAAAGAUCCUCAGGCUAAAGCAGGAGACAAGAAGUAGUUUAUUGGAGAUUCUGUAUAUAUGUGUGCAUGGGUGUGUAAUAAAUAUGGUAUGUGUCUUA